ACUCAAACGGAGAAGGUUGGAUUAUUCCUUAAGCACUAAACCAACCUCCUUGUCCUUUUAACUAUUGCUGAUAUGCAUACAUAUGCAUAAUGCGAAUAUAUAUUUUUACUCCAAUCACCGUUUUAGUGAAUUAAGAUUCUUCUCUUUCUAGGAUGCACACCACGUUCUAGGAUUAAACAAUUGAAGAAUUUGACCAGCUAGUCAGCUACCAUAGAUACCAAAAUAGUUUCAAUAAACAAGAAUUUUCCAAAGGAAGUUCUCAUUCAACAAGGAAUGGUAUUAUCUCCUUCAAAGCAAUGGUAGACUUACUUAUUAAGAAGUCUCAAACAUCACAAAGAAAAAGGGGUGUGGGCAACACAACACCUUCAUAGCACCAACUCAUCUUUGUAUGCGUUGAGAAGGUUCCAAUUUCCAAAUUAAACUUAUUCCUUACUCUGUCUUCUCUUCUCAAGUGAUUUCUCUUCAUACAAACAAAACCGGUACCACAGCAUGGAAAAACCUCCUAGAUGCAAAUUCACAGUGUUCUUCUUCAUCAUAAUUUCCCUCUCCCUUGGCUUGAUUUCCUUUGUCUUGUGUAUCGCCGCCGAGAUAAAGAGGAAUAAGGAGGAGGAUCUCAGGUGGAAUGGGAAACUAUGUUAUUUGCCAUCAAGCAAGGCAUUUGGAUUGGGAAUUGCAGCUUUGGUUAGUUUCUUUCUUGCCCAGAUCAUUGGGAAUUCUAUAUUAUUAAAGUAUUCUUGUUGGAGAAGAAAAAAUAAACCCCACUUCAAGGUGCCUGCUAUCGCAAAGAUUCUGGUUUUGAUAUCUUGGGUUAGCUUUGGAUUUGCAGCUAUUUUAUUGAUUGCAGCCACAAGCAUGAACAGAAAGCAGCCAUAUAGGGUAGGGUGGUUGAAAGGUGAGUGCUACCUAGUCAAAGGGGGAACCUAUGUUGGAUCAGCCAUAUUGGUCCUAGUCACGGUGUGUUCUGUAAAUGGUUCGGCUUUCUCAACAUUAAAAUCAAGCCAAGCAAAUCAGCAUCAGCAUACAAAAAGACACAAACAAAUGGGGUGACAUUGUUUUGGACACCAUAAUACACACAUUUUUUUGAAAAGAAAAAGGUUUUAGAGAGAGGAGAAAUUAUCAACUACACUAGACGCCAGCAAGUUGUAGAGGCAAAAUUCAAAGGUCAACAAUUUGAGACCAAUGAGAGGCUUCCAAAGGAAUUCAAUUCUUUUAUUAAUUAUUAUUAUUAUUAAUUAUGUAAAAGAAAGUGCCAAAGCUAGCCCACUAACUGGUUUAUCCAAUGUCCAAAGGAAUAAUUUAUUUUCUUUUUCAACUUACACCAAAGAGUGACACUUUAAUUUGUCCACAUUCUAUCCGAGGUGGUUACUCCCCUGUAUAGGAACCCCCUGGAUCCCACCUUCAUAGAUUAAUGAUGGUUUGGUAUAUUAUUUUGCAUUUACAUUAUUCAA